AAAAAAAAAGUCGGUUGUGUUUACUUCGCCGCAGUUUGUUUAUUUUAUUUAUUUUUGACUUUAUUUUUACAUUGUUCAAUAAUUAAUAAUAUUACUUCUAUACUACUUCGCCUUUUUAGUUUGUACUUAUCCUAAACGGGUAGGUACAUCGAUGGGUACGGGUUUUACAUUGGAAAGAAUGUCUAACUUUGAAAUAGCCGACACAACCAGAUUAUCGAGACCAAGUCUUGCACAAGUGAAGGCUGUCGUAGAGUUCAUUCAGAAACAUCCAAAUUUAGCACACAGAGGGCUCAGAAAUGGAGUUAAGAAUGAAAAUAUUCAAAAUCUAUGGACAGAACUAGCUAAUAUUGUCAAUUCUAUUAAAGGAGCUGUUAAGACAACUAAGGGCUGGAUAAAGUUCUGGUCAGAUAAAAAAAGGAACAUUAUGAUGAAACAAAAACAGAUCAAUUCUGGUGAAAUUGUGGGAAAACUCACAUCCUUAGAGCAGAAGAUUUUGGCAAUAGCAAAAUUAAGGAAAAAGAAAUCUCAGAAACCACAACUUUGCAAUGGGAAUGAUGAUUCAGGUGAUGACAAUCCUGAGGAUGACAAUAAUCUGGAUUUACAAAUUGAUACAGAUGAAAUGCUGCCAAGCGAAGCAGAACAUCUGAACAUUAUGGCGAAAAUGAUUGAUGCAAUGGAUGAGCAAGCAAUAGCGCUGACUAAGAUGGCGCAAGCGACGGUAAUUAAGUCCAAAGCUAUGGAGAGAAUGGCUGAAACGUCAUAUAAACAGGCUUUGGCUGUAGACCGGUUGGCUGGGACGUUUGAAACGAUAGAUGCUUAUGUAUAUGAUGUAAGGAAUGCGGUUAUAAGCAUCGACUACACUAUUAAGAAAUGCUUCACUGCAAACUCGACACAACAUAGGCAAAAUAUUCUGUUUAGUUAAACUGUGUGUAUAUAUAUAUAUUUGUUUAUAUAUGUUAAUAAGAUUAUAUACUUGGAAAUGUAUAUAAAAUACUUAGUAACUUUUUUUUUGUAACUAAAUAAAAAACCUAGUCAGGUCUCGCUCUUUUAGAGCGUCAUCCCUAUA